AGAAAAAGAGACAUGCAACGCUGCAGUAUAAUGAAGUUGUUUCUUGCCCUUGUUUUCCUGUUGCACCUCUGUGCGGGUCAGAAAACAAACAUCACGCUGAAUAAAGAGAUAUUAAGGAGUCUGAGGAGACUCGACGGGCUCUGGAAAGAUGACAAACUCAGUCUCACCACAGUAAGUAAAUUGUGAUAACAUUUUCUCACUUUGAAUAAUAAGACAUGUGCUGCAUACAGUGGUGUCACUGUCUCAGGUCUGCCUGAGUGAUAAUUGGACCUUUAACUCAUCGCUUUACUACAUUUUAUGUCUCUUCCAAUAGGACACAGUGAGAGUUCCAUCAGUGUCUAUGAUCAACAAUGCUGUAAGUAUAGUGUUGUUUUUUCUUACCAUCUGCAAACUGAAAGGUCUGCACCACGUUUCACAUGUAUAGAUUUCAGCUGAACGCCCAGACUUCUGAUUGGCUGCUGUCAUUUUUCCAUCGCAGACGUCUUGCGUCAGUGUCUUCGUCAGUGAGCUGAAAUCUCUUCUUGGCAACGUCACAGUGCAUAAGGACCACAAACACAUUCUCAAAGAACUGAGGGGAAACCUGGAUCUUCUAAAAUCCCGCUCUAAGGUAUUCUAGCAGAAAAAAAAGAUUGCAUCGAAAAGCAAAUGUCAAUAUCAUCAUGAGACACAAGUCUGAACUCUUUUUCUCCUUUUUUGACAGCAGAAUGACAGCAGAUGCCAGAUGAGAGAGCUGAUGGAAGAUGAAUCUCCUUUCCAGCCGUAUCAAGACUUUAUCAGGAAAUUGAGCUCCAUGCCUCAUGCAGCUUAGUUUUGAAUUGUUCUACAAAAAUGCAAACUGGCAGAAACAGGGAAUGUACUUGAUCUUCAUUGCUACACAACUUCAAUACCAAAUAAUUUUCCAG